UUUUAAGUUGAUGUGAAUCUCAGAGAUUCUCGUUAACUUUAUCACUUAGAUAUCCACGUUACUCAGAUGCUCAUGUUCUCUUAGAUUUUAAAGAUGUUAUGGAAGAUCUUGGCUUUAUGAAUCCCUUUCCACAUGCUUUUCUUUUAUAUUUUCUCCAGAAGAUUUCCAGGUAGCUUUGAAAUGGGGGAUGAACUGGUACGUGUGAUGUUUUAGUGUUAUAUUCUAAUGGCAUUAAAAUAUUUCAAUAUGCUGUUCAUGUGACUUUCUUUCAAUGACACCAAGUUGCUGAAUGUCGGCAGUCCCUGUAUGGACAAAACUGAUAUUCUUGUCUCAGAAGACUAUGAGAACACGACAAUAUUUUUUUUGAUACUCAAGAUAAGAUUCAUUUGACUCACUAACUCUCUAUCUCUAUUUUUUCCAGGGAUCUGUAAAUCACGGACUAGCAUAAGGAAUAGUGCGAGCUCAGAGUAAAACAGAAUUAGCUAACUAUAUUUCAACAUGUCUUUGUCACUUCUGAUUGACGACAGGAUUUGCAGUUUCGAAACCUACAACUUGCCUUAGAACCAGAGAAAUGCUCCAUUCCCGAAAGAAAUUGUAGUUUCUCGGAAAGUAAUGCCUUUAUUCUCUCUCUCUUUAAACGUUUUUAUAGGAAGAACUAUAUGGAUUUUGACAUGGAUGAAAAUGGAAGCUGUUUUAUUAUUAUUUUUUUCUUAUUGGGCCGAAAUGUCUUUGAUCUCAUGAAUCAUGAAAAACAUUAAAAGAUCGUAUCAGAUUUUUCAGAUUUUUAGAUUUGUCUUCUUGUGAAUUCAAGAGCUUCAACUGCAUAAUGAACUAGCUGAGACACAGAUCUCAAGUAGAGCACAUGGAACGCAACAGGGCACUUUAGUACUCAUUGCAUAUGACAUUCUCUUCCUGCUACUUAUUUAUUGUGAUCAUUCGUUACCAUAACAAGCUGGUAAGGAAAUCUGAUAGCAGAAAUGACUGAAAAGAAGAGAAAUUCCUUUCCUUUUCCGUUGUUUGUCAUGUUCUUCGUGCUGUCUCUGCCUGGGCCUCUUCUCGUUCUUUCCCAGUGCAGCCAAAAGCCAGUUAUUUUCAACUUCGGCGACUCGAAUUCUGAUACGGGUGGCUUCUCCGAGGGACUUGGACUCAGAUUUGGACCCCCAAGUGGCCGUGUGUUCUUCCACAAACCAUCCGGCAGAUUAUGUGAUGGACGACUGAUGAUUGAUUUUCUAUGUGAAAGCGUGGGUUCAGAUUAUUUGACCCCAUAUCUGCGAUCUGUGGGCUCAAAUUUCACUAAUGGAGUUAACUUUGCCAUAUCUGGUUCAGCUACUUUGCCAAAGGAUCGUCCAUUUAACUUGUAUAUUCAAGUUAUGCAAUUUCUUCAAUUUCAAUCACGCUCCCUCGAGUUUAUUCCAAAAGGCUAUAAAGACUUGGUUGAUGAAGAGGGAUUCAAUAAUGCAAUUUACACAAUUGACAUCGGACAAAAUGAUCUUGCUGGUUCGUUCACUUACCUGUCUUACUCGCAAGUCAUCCAGAGAAUCCCAUCUUUUGUUACUGAGAUAAAAAAUGCCAUAUGGACUAUAUACCAACAUGGAGGAAGAAAUUUUUGGGUACACAACACAGGGCCAUUGGGUUGUUUGCCUCAAAAGCUUGCUACAGCUUCUACAAAUGCUAGCGACAUAGACAAUCAUGGGUGCCUCCAAUCCCUCAACAACGCUGCAAAAGAGUUCAACACUUUAUUAAAAGCAGCAUGUGGAGAACUAAGGUCUGCUUUGAUGAAUGCCACCAUUGUGUAUGUCGAUAUCUACGCCAUCAAAUACGACCUCAUAGCCAAUGCCGUCCUGAACGGGUUUGAGAAUCCAUCAACGGCAUGUUGUGGCUAUGGAGGACCGCCGUACAACUUUAACCAGAGCGUUACUUGUGGCAUGCCCGGAUUCAACGUGUGCAACGAAGGAUUGAAGUAUGUAAGCUGGGAUGGAGUUCACUAUACAGAAGCAGCAAAUGGUGUGUUUGCCUCCAAGAUACUUUCUUCUCAAUACUCUUCUCCAAAACUUCACUUUAAUUUCUUCUGUAACAACUGAUGAUUGUGUAUGAUUGUAUUCGUUUUGACCCAACCAAAAAAGCUUGAUAAUAUUCAGCUUUUAGUUGGAGUUCUGUUGGAUGUCUGCUCUACUGUGUUCUUGAAACCAUUGUAGGAAAAAAAAGGAUAACCCAAUCAUAAAUUUUUUGGGUUGUGUUGGUUCGAGUUGUUCGGGUCAUAGUUAAUUGAGUCACUCUUAAAUGGGCCUUGAGUCCACAA